UGGCUAAUGACAGAAACAUCUUCCCAGGUUGAGGCAGAUGUUAGAAAACCACCUUACAAAACCUGACGUUUCGUAACAUCGUGUCUGAAAACGUGACGGACUCAACUCUACGCCAGAGCACUCGCCGGUGAAAGAGACGGUACAACUCUCGGCAACGAAGCGACUUAGUUUAUUUUUGUUUCAGAUACUGCUACUGCCGCGUAAUCGAAGACGAAAAGUAUGUCUACCUCCCGUACAAUCAUAUGUUUACUGAGAAACGACUUGCGUCUUCAUGACAAUGAGCUUUUCCAUUGGGCUCAAAGAAAUGCAGAGUACAUUGUCCCACUGUACUGCUUCGACCCCAGACAUUACGUGGGAACGUACAACUACAACCUACCGAAGACUGGGCCUUUCCGCCUGCGCUUCUUAUUGGAGAGUGUCAGAGACCUCAGAAACACACUGCUCAACAAGGGCAGCAACCUGGUGGUGAGACGGGGUAAGCCAGAGGAUGUUGUUGCUGAGCUCAUCAAGCAACUGGGCUCUGUCAGCACUGUGGCUUUCCACGAAGAGGUAACUUCAGAUGAGCUGAAUGUGGAGAAAAAGGUGAAGGAUGUCUGUGCACAGAUGAAAGUCAAAGUUCACACCUGCUGGGGGUCUACACUGUACCACAGAGAUGAUCUUCCAUUUCACCACAUAUCCAGGCUGCCUGAUGUGUACACUCAGUUCAGGAAAGCAGUGGAGACCCAGAGCAGGGUGAGGCCUGUGUUUCCAACCCCUGAGCAACUAAAGCCUCUUCCUCCAGGGCUGGAGGAAGGAGCCCUUCCCACAGCAGAGGACCUGCAACAGACAGAGCCUUUGACUGAUCCUCGCUCAGCCUUCCCCUGUAGUGGUGGUGAAAGUCAGGCUCUGGCCAGACUCAGACAUUAUUUCUGGGAAACUGAUGCAGUUGCAACUUACAAGGAGACUCGUAAUGGCUUGAUUGGUGUGGACUAUUCCACUAAAUUUGCACCUUGGCUGGCGAUGGGCUGCAUUUCACCCAGGUAUAUUUAUCAUCAGAUCAAGCAGUACGAAAGGGAGCGGACAGCCAAUCAGAGCACAUACUGGGUGAUUUUUGAACUUAUGUGGAGGGAUUACUUCAAGUUUGUGGGUGUCAAGUAUGGAAGCAGACUAUUUCAGGUCAAAGGACUUCAAGACAAAUCUGUGCCAUGGAAAAUGGACAUGAAGCUUUUCAAUGCCUGGAAAGAGGGACGAACAGGAGUGCCCUUUGUGGAUGCCAACAUGCGAGAGUUGGCAAUGACAGGUUUCAUGUCCAACAGGGGGCGGCAAAAUGUUGCUAGCUUCCUCACAAAGGAUCUUGGCCUGGACUGGAGGAUGGGGGCUGAAUGGUUUGAAUCCCUUCUGAUUGACCAUGAUGUCUGCAGCAACUAUGGCAACUGGCUAUACAGCGCUGGAAUAGGAAAUGACCCCAGAGAGAACAGGAAGUUUAACAUGAUCAAGCAAGGUCUCGACUAUGACAAUAAUGGUGACUACGUCCGGCAGUGGGUUCCAGAGUUGCAGGGGAUCAGGGGAGCUGACGUGCACACACCCUGGACCCUCAGCACUGCUGCACUGUCACAUGCUCAUGUGUCCCUUGGUGAGACCUACCCCACCCCCAUUGUCAUAGCGCCUGAAUGGAGCAGACACAUUAACACGAAAUCGAGUGGCACAGGGCCUUCACCAAGAGGAAAGAAAGGCCCAUCUCACACUUCCAAACAGCAUCGGGACAGAGGCAUAGAUUUCUAUUUCUCCAAAGGCAAAAACCUGUGAUUUGACAUUAAGUACUAAAAACGUGGAUGAUGCUCUGAGGAUGGAAGAUCCACUGAUGCAAACCUGGACUGUUGCUGUAAAAUCUGUGUUGCACAUAUUUGUGUUAAUUUAGGGAAGUUGUCAUGAGGAUUUGAUGAAAUGCAUGUUCCCACUUACACUUGAAUAGUUGAACUUGUUUGAUCUACAU